ACGCAGGGAAUCAUGUGUUGUUUGUGCUGUGGCCCGUAGAGAUGUGUACAGGAGGAGAAGGGAACGGAUUGCUAACCGAGCUAGCCGGAUCCUCCCGAUUAUAGAAACACGGCUAAGCGUAGUCAUGUUGCACACGGUGGGAUUCAUAUCGUGAAAAAGCCCGCUUUGGAAUACCUGCUUCGCUGCUAAGAAACGGCGAAGGGACUUGUUUUUUGACGGAAUAACAAAGCCGGUCCGUGAGGAUUGCAAAACUGAGCGAGUCAACGUUAGCUGGCCUAGCCGGACUCGGGAGCUCGUCUCCCAAAACAAGAAUGGGGUCUAGGUCCACUCGGAUUAGCUUGCUAGUAAAGUGACCUUUGAUUGUAUUCUCUGAUGGCAAAUUUCACGAAUUACCAGGAAGGCAAGGCAGCGAUGUUGAUGGUGGAGACGCAGCAGAGGGACGUGGGGACGAAAUCCGCGGCCGCCACCGCGAACGGAGACGGCUCGGUCGGGGAACCCCCUUCCCCGUUAAUUAAUAUCGGCGGAGGAGGCAGCGGCAGCAGCGGCGGCUCUCGCCUCCAUCAACAUUUGCCGCCCUCCAACCUCCUCCACCACCACCCACCAAAGGAUCAACAGCAGCACCAUCACUACCAGCUGGCUCCGCAGCAUCUUACCGGAGAAAAUAUCGCAGAGUCCCCGGGCAGGAAAGCCUCCUCCUCGUCUCUCAGCCAGGUACAAACCGCCGAGGACCCCGCCGCUUCUUCCGCUGCCAGCAGCAGCAGCCAUGUAUACGCGGCUGUGAACGUCGCUAAUACCUCUGACGUUGUGGAUGAUAUUCGAAAAUGUGGCUACUUAAGAAAGCAAAAACACGGACACAAGCGUUUUUUUGUGCUUCGGGCUGCCAGCCACCUCGGGCCGAGCCGCCUGGAGUACUACGACAGCGAGAAGAAAUUCAGGAACAGCCUGCGCUCUGCUGCUGCCGCGGCCGCCGCCAGCGGCGGGACGGUCGCCCCUUCUCCGCCGAAAAGGGUUAUUUACCUCUACCAGUGCUUCACGGUAAACAAAAGGGCGGAUUCCAAAAACAAACACCUCAUUGCCCUUUACACUAAGGACGAGUACUUUGCCAUUGUGGCUGAAAACGAGCAGGAGCAAGAGGACUGGUACGUAGCUGUCAGCGAGUUGAUGAGUGAGGGCAAAAAAGGGCACGUGGACUCUGAUGAUUUAGAUGAUGGAUAUGGUACAGUCACCCCUGGUACUGUGUUUAAAGAGGUGUGGCAGGUGAACGUGAAACCUAAAGGACUGGGUCAAACUAAAAACCUCACAGGUGUUUACCGGCUUUGCCUCUCAACUAAAACCAUUCACCUCGUAAAGUUGAACUCUGAAACCCCUUGUGUCAACCUUCAGCUGAUGAAUAUCAGACGCUGUGGACAUUCAGAAAGCUUCUUUUUCAUUGAGGUGGGUCGCUCCUCCUCUAUUGGGCCCGGGGAGAUAUGGAUGCAGGUGGAUGAUUCCGUUGUGGCCCAAAACAUGCACGAAACCAUCUUGGAGACGAUGAAAGCCCUGAAAGCGUUUGCCGAGUUUCGGCCCAGGAGUAAGAGCCAGUCAUCGGGGUCCAACCCCAUGCCGUUUAUCACAACACGGCGCCACCUGGGCAACCUGCCGCCGAGCCAGACGGGACUGCAGAGGCGGUCAAGGACAGAGUCAGUCGUCGGCACGCCGCCGUCAAGUAAGAGCUCCGGGGCUAGUGGCUAUCGCUUCCGCACCUCCAGUGAGGGCGAGGGGACAAUGAACCGGCCGUUCCGCUCCGCCACAGGAAGUCUGGUUCACCUUAACUCCGCACGGGCCCAUCACGGUCGUCAGGACGGGGCUGGCAGCAGCAGUGGGAGUGGCGUCGCCACAGGAAACGCUGGCACAAGCACAGGCAGCGGGCGCUACGUCAGAGCCAUCCCAGGGUCGUCGUCCACCUACCAUGCCCGCUCCGCCUCGCUGCCAGUCUCCCACUUCCCCUCCACCACCAGCCCAGUGAGCGUCUCCUCCAGCAGCGGCCACGGCUCCGUCUCCGACACGCUCACCCGCCCAUCAAGCGCCUCGAUAUGCGGCUCCCCGUCUGACGGCGGCUUCAACUCUUCAGAUGAGUAUGGCUCCAGUCCCGGUGACUUCCGGUACUUCCGGGUGCGGAGCAACACGCCAGACUCACUGGGCAACACGCCCCCAAUCAGAGAAGAGAACUGUUUGAAUGACUACAUGGCCAUGGGCUGGAACCGGGAGGUCUUCGGCACCAGCGGGGGCUCUGGAAACAACAGCGGAGGGGACACGCCACGGGACGAGAGCGCGUCGACAACAGAGGACGACCGCUUUUCUUCAUCAUCAUCGUCGCUGAGGAACAGGACGCACUCUUUCUCCAGACCCCCUGGUGGCGCAACUGGCGGCUCUGGAGUGGCAGUUUACCAGAAAAUGACCCAGACCAAUUUCUCGUUGGACGAGGGGUCGGAUAUUGUGUUACCUUUUGGCAGCGGGCUGCUCCGUGGUGGGCCGUCGUCCUCUUCUUCCUCGCUCCGCUCUGACUACAGCUCCUGCUCUGAGCACAGCCAACAGAGCCGUCCCUCCACGCUCUCCCAGACGGAGUCCGGCGGUGAGCGGCCUCCCCUUUCCUCCUCUUCCUCUGCCAAGGAAGACAGCGGCUACAUGCCCAUGAUGUGUGGCGUGGCUGCGUCGCCGCAUGACACUCCUCCCGACUACAUGCCUAUGCAACCCAGCUCGUACUCCCCUCAGUUUCACAGUCCAGCUUUAGGUUCCCGUUCCGCCCGCCACCACCAGCUCCAGCCCCAAUCCUCCGCAGACUCCCACGGCUACAUGAUGAUGCUCCCGGGGGGCGGCGGCAGCUCCCCGUCCCCAGGGCAGGCCUCCCCCAGCCCUCAUAGCAACUCCGGCACAGCAGGGGCCAGCGGGAGCGACAGCAUAGCAGAGAGACCUGAGAAUGGUGAAUAUAUGGACAUGUCGUACUGCAGCAGUGCGGGUCGCAAGCUCUCCAAUGAAGCGAGCAGUGGGUAUUACACAUCGGGCACCCCGGAGGGCCCCACAAAGUCUUACAGCCCUUAUUUUUCCCUCCCUCGCUCCUACAAGGCUCCCACUCGAGAGAGGGAUGAGAAAGAGUACGGGGAGUACGUUCCUAUGAGCUCUCCUGCCAAGCCAGUCUACUCAUCUGUUGCCACAGCGUCCGUGUCGACGCCAGAGAAGAGGGGCGGAGGAGGUAGUAGCACCUCCACCCCCUCUCACCCACCCCCGCCUUACGGAGCUCACCAUACGACCGCAGCAGUGGCGGACCGACGCGCCGCGAGGCCCAACCGCCUCCCUUUAGGCAGAAGAAGUUUCCAAGGUCCACUGCGGGUUAAUGAGCCCUCCGCAGCGUCUGCAGGCUCCUCGGUCCCCUCGACUGUCAGCUCAUCUGAACGGCCCUCCAGUCCCGGGGAGUAUAUCAACAUUGAGUUUGGGGAUCACUACCCCCACCAACAACAGCCCCCCGCUUAUCCUCUCUCUGCCCAAGACGAAGCGCCUUCCCUGGGAUCCAGUGACUGCCGUCACUCCCCUCACCAGGACUAUAUGAGUGUGGAGGUGGCGGCAGAGCAGCAGGACAGCGCUGGAUGUCUGGGUAAAAACCAGUCGCCCAGAGCCAGCCUUGUCGCCCCGUGGAACCCACCCAGCUACAUCCGACCCCUGGCUAGCAAUGCUGGGGCGCUGGCCUCUCCCGGAGUCCCCGCCGGUGGUCCCUGGAGGUCAAUGGGGGACGACUACACAGACAUGACGUUUAACCUCGGCAGAGGCGAGAGGACGCAAACAAGCCCCACGGCCAUGCUGCAGCAUCUCUGUGUGAUAGAGGGCCAUUACGGCCACGCUCCCUCCGCCUCCUCCUCAUCCAUUUCUCCACCGAGCCCGGGGAGGGCGCCGACGCAACAGCUGGAGCCCAAGGUGGUUCGGGCCGACCCCCAAGGCAGGCGGAGACACAGCUCAGAGACGUUCUCCUCCUCGAACUCAAGUCCCUCCGGAGGAGGACUUGCCCCCUCAUCGUCAGCCGCACACCCCACGGCCCCCAACGGCUCCUACCUAACGGAGGGUCAGGCUUCCAGAUGGGCCAGCUCGGCGUCUUUUGACAGUACGUGGGUGUCCAUGGAGGGUCUCUGGGACUUGCCACCUCCCCACGCUCCAGUAAGAUCCACGGAAAUGGGCGCAGGCUCCGGGACGCCAGCGUCCUCCUCCUCGGGGGCUGGAGCUGGCAGAAUGUGCCGGAACAUGUCUGUGGGCUACCAGAACGGCCUGAACUACAUCGCCUUGGAGCUGAGGGAGGACGGGAGUAAUACGGGAGCCAUGAUGCCCGGAGCUGGUAGCAGCAACGGGAGCUCGGUGGCGGUGGGGACGGUGCCUCUGCCGGAGAACGGAGCCUACGCCAGUAUAGACUUCACCAAAUCUGAUGGAGUCACCACGACAACCACGGACUGAGCGACUGGGCGAUAGAGGUUCCCCACCUUCCUCCUCCUCAUCUCUCUGCUCGGGGCACUCGACUCUGCCUGGGACCUUUGGCCUCCCCCACCCGCCCCGCCAGUGACCUCUGACCUCUUCACCCAGACUGAGGAGCCGCUCCCUUCUGGAUGCAGAAAACGACAUCAACAUCACAACAGAUGACAAAAAAACGCUUGCAGUUUUAUAAGUGUAUUUUAUCUUUUAUUUUUUUGUGUUUUAUAUGCAUAUCUUGUCCUGUUAUAUUUUUUUUUUAUCAUUUCCCCCCCUCACACACAAUCGAUGCUGCCAGUGUGCGCAGCUUUUUUCAACAGAAACGGUCAGUGAACUUUAGUUGAGGGGGGCGCCAACAGAACCGUAGAUAAGUCUCAUUAUCAGAUGGUUCUGCUUCUCCAUACGGUAUUAAAAAGGGAGGCUGGAAUACUUAGCAAAGGCAUUACGGUACAAACUUGGAAACUUAUGUUUAAAUUUAAAAUAUUUUUAUCUUUUUAUAAUUUUUUUUACCCCAUGCAUAAUCUUUCCUCAAUACGGUACCGUACAGUUAUUACAUUGUGGGCAAAGUUGUAGUAGAGAAUGUAUAUUUUUUUGUUUAUGGAUUACCCCCCGAAAAGGGAUAGUUUGGAUGUUUUGAAGUGGGGUUGUAUCAGCCUAAAAAAAAAGGACCACCUUCAAAAAUCAAUAUCAGUUUAAGUGGACGCUAUAUUUACAAUAUUUUCAGCGCUUUACCUUGCUGUCAGACAGCCCUUUACGACGGGGAACUGAAGCCGUUAUUAUCCAUCUUUCCUCACUUCAAAGCCACCAGACUCCUUUGAUAAAAACAGCAAUUUUACCUCGCAGAGUUGCUGGCCUGCUGCUGCCUCGUUGGGUUACUUUGGGUUUUUUGUGUGACUUUGGUGUUUUAAAGUGUAAAACGGAAUCACCAAAGUCUGAUAUAACAGCUUCAGUUCCCCGUCGUAAAGGGCUGUCGGGCGGCAAAGUAAAUUGGUCUACCGUCUACUGUAGGUAACACACUGACUGUGGAGAAGUAGCUCGCUUCAAAACAUCGGAACUCUCUUUUAGUGGUACAAACUCGUGGCUGGAUCCAUUUAAACCUCUGAGGCGACAAGUGGCAUUACACAAGUACUGUGCUUGUUCCCUCUGGAUUAUUACUUUGCGUGGCAUUCACACCACAGCGACGCAAUCGCAUCCAUUGCCUCAGCAGGCCAAUUAAAAAAAA